UUGUUGUUGUUGUUGUGGUCCCCUCUCUUCCUCCUGUUUCCCGACAGGUCAUCAUCCAUAGGGUGUCUACUCUACUAGAUACCGCAUCUCCCAACGCACUUUGGAUAGUUCCGUUGGCGAAAAUUCCCUAAUCUCCACGAUUCCCCAUGGUGAACGAUCCGCGGGUGACGCGGCAGCUUUCUCGUUUAGGUGGACUCUACCGCGAUCCGGCACGGGUGGAUCGGGACGCCACGGCGGUGUUGCGAUCGAGCGUCGGGGAGCACUUGACUCCCAUUGCGUCGGAACUGUACGAAGACAAGGGUUCCCAUUCCACCGUGUUGGUUUUGCAGGGCACGAUCGCCAUGGACUUUCGUGGCACGACGUACCAACUGCUGAUGGACGUCUACCUACCCGGAGGCUACCCCCAACGUCCACCCGUAUGUUACGUGCGUUUGGCCGAUCACAUGUAUCUGAAAGAAAAUCAUCGGCACGUGGCGUCGGAUGGGAAAGUCUAUUUGCCCUAUUUGCACGAAUGGACACCGCAACAACACAAUUUGGUGGAAUUGGUCAUUCAAAUGAGUUCGGUUUUUUCUGCGGACCCGCCAGUCUUUUCCCGCGCACCCGCCGCCGUUACGCCGCCACCGCCACCAGCCUACGCCGCUGCGACCAUCCACAACGAUACACGGAGUAGUAGGAGUACAACAACAACAACAACAACGAAUAGCAAUCACACUAGGAGCAGUAGUUUUCAACGCGAACAACGUCAACGGGAAAUGGAGGCCGAGCGUAGGCUGGCGCAGGAUGCUGCCGAAGCCAAUGCGGCAGUCGCCGCCGCCCGACGGGCCGCACAAGCAGAACAAGAACGCGAAGUCCAACGGUUGGCGCAACAAGCUUGGGAAGAUACCAAAACCGACCAAUUGCGCCAAAAAUUGACUUUCAAGACCCAACGCCAUUUUGUGGAACUCUCCAAACAAACACAACAGCAAGUACAAGCGGAUGAGCGUCAUAAACAGUCGUUGGUCCAUGCAGAAAGCAAGAUUGACGCGCAAAUCAAAGCCCUGGAAAAACAGAAGGAGACCUUGGAAGGGCAUUUGUCCACGACACGUGAGAAAACCAUUGCUAUACAAGCUUCGGUACGGGCGCACGAAGAAAGGCUGACCGAGUCCUUGGAGGCCGAGGCUGUACCGGCUGACGAGCUGGUGAAGCCGGCCAGUGCGCUGCACGCACAAAUGGUGGCUCUGGCAGCCGAAAACGCGGCGUUGACGGAUGUACUCUAUUUUCUCGACCGUGGUCUGUACGCGGGCAAGCUUGACGCCGUGGCCCAUCUCAAACAGGUACGGAAACUCGCCAAAAAGCAGUUUCUGGUCCGGGCGCAUCUUAUCAAAAUCAAUCAAGUACUUCUGGACAGCAGUAACAAUAGUCGUAGAUGAACGAAGCUCCAACAGUCACUGUUGCCAUAUAUUUGGGUUUGUAUUGGCGGAUCCUACAUGUGGGGGCAUACGUUGUUAGCCUCGACAACGCAUUGAUUGAUGCGAGCACCAACCAUAUCAAGUCUUUUACGGAAUAAUACAUAAUUGGUGGAAUAGGAUCUGUUUUUACAUAGCA